CAGAGUAAGGCGUUUUAUUAACGAAAGCAACAUGAGUGUCCCUGGACAUGACGACGAGGGUUUGGGGUUAGAGGUCAUCCUGCCCGAGGGGUCUAAGGAAGCUCCGUCCUGUCCGCAUGGUCCGACGUUGCUAUUUGAAAAGGUCUGCAAAGGAGGCGAGAAAGGCAGGAGGUUUUACGCCUGCUCUGCAUGCAGGGACAGAAGAGACUGCAGCUUCUUCCAGUGGGACGGGGAAAAGGUGUCGGAGGCCAGGCUCCUGGCCAGACAGGCGGCCGUACAAUCCAAGAGGCCUGCGUUCACCCAGCAGGAGUAUUGCUCCAGGUUGAGGACGUUUGCCUCGCUCCCUGUGGAUGAGAAGAAGUUCUGUCAGGACUGUCAGAUUCUGCUGCUGCCGGGAGAGCACGAGGCCCAUGCGCCCCACACGUCCGUCAGCAUCACUGUGGCUCAGUUAAAGAGGCCCAGUGUGUUGCUUAAGCCACUGGAGAACAAGAAGAGCAACGCCCAGUACCUGUUCACCGACCGCAGCUCACACUUCCUGCUGGACACCUUGGCCGGCUGCGGCUACAGGAAGGUGCUGUGUGUGGGCACGCCCAGACUCCAGGAGCUAAUCAGAUUGCGCAACUUGGAGGGGAAACAUGAACCCAUGAAGAGCCUUCUGUUGGACAUUGACUUCAGGUAUGCCCAGUUCUAUUCUGAGGAUGAAUUCUGCCACUACAACAUGUUCAACCACCACUUCUUCAGCGGGGAGGCAUCCGGUGGGGUCCUGCAGGCCCUCCUGAGUGAGUCGGAUGGGGAGAAGGUGGUGAUGGUGGCUGACCCUCCGUUCGGUGGCCUGGUGAAGCCACUGGCCAACAGCUUCUCUCUGAUCUCCCAGACGUGGAGGAAACUGCAGAGCCCUUGCAGCGGUGACGUGGACGUGCCCAUGAUAUGGAUCUUCCCUUACUUCUUCGAGCCUCGCAUCUUGGAGUGUCUCCCCUCCCUCACUAUGCUAGACUACCAGGUGGACUACGACAACCACCCAAUGUACAAGCACGGGAAGACAGGCCGGAAGCAGUCUCCUGUCAGACUGUUCACCAACAUUCCUGCGAGAGAUAUCGUCCUUCCUAAAGAGGAAGGCUACAGAUUUUGCCCCAUAUGUGAGAGAUAUGUGUGGUCCCUGAACAAACACUGUGUUAAAUGCAACGUGUGCCCAUCUAAGGACGGCCGCCAGUGGAAGCAUUGCUCAGCCUGUGGGAAGUGUGUAAAGCCGUCUUGGAGACACUGCCAGUCCUGUGGCCGAUGUGCUCUCCCGGACCACCCGUGCGGGCCAGCCCGGGGGGAGGUGGGCUGCUUCUGCUGCGGCAGCCCGGAGCACAAACGCAAGGCCUGCCCUCUGAGAGCCGCACACAGGAGCAAACGCGGUAAGUCCAAUGCCAAGGCGGGGAACAAUGCUGUGUCCCAUCAUCCGCUGGUCAAGCCCAAGGCCAAGAGGAAAUCGGGAGCGGCUCGCAGAGCGAAGAAAAUGGCGGCCCUGGCGUCGUGAUCCCGGCGUGCCGCGGGCCGCGGGGGGAGUCGAUGCAGAUGUACACCGUCAGUUGCGUGGAGCAGAGCCGUUUCACACGGCCUCAUGUAUGUGAACUGCAAAUGGACACACAAGCUACAUUCAUAUUUCAGAACUCCAUCAGAUGUAUGGAAUGUGAACGUGGCGUUCACACGUAGGAGGGUUUUGGUGCCGGCAGUAGUUCUGGUCCAGGAUUUCCUCGGGACUUCACGAGCGGCGAGGUUUAAAUGUCAAGUCACGAAUCACGUGUCGGUUUGAUUUGGUGGCUUUUCCUCUGCUCACA